GAUUCGCAUUACGAGCACUAAUGGUGAUUCACUAACAUCAGUCAUGAGUUAAUGCCCGUAACCAUGACCACUACGCGUUAACCUAAUACUGCACAAGAUCUUCAAGCGAUUUUGAAGACCUUGUUCCUCGCACCUUCUCAUGCGCCAAUGUAGUACAGUCUGUACCCAUCGCUCGCAGUCAAACCAUAAAUCAGCAGGCGGAUCUUUUUGUACCGAGACCGCUCAAAUCGAGUCAUUCGCUCAUUCACCGCUUGACGCACGCAACAAGUUUCUUCAGACCAUGUCGACCGAGGGCUUUCCCAUCGAAGGACUCAGGGGCAGUCCUCUCAGUACCAAGACGCUCACAGACAUGGGCUCUCGCUGUCGCCGCAUGCCUGAGAACGAGCUUUUAUGCCGCCAGGUUUUGGAACGUCUCCAGUUCCUGCACGACUCCGUGGCACCUCUGGACGUCGAAGACCAGCCCAAAGUCAAGUACACGGGCGUCGUCGUGCGAUUCGUUAAGUUGAUGCGUCGUAAGCCACUGCUGCAGCGUCUGGCGAGCAGCGAGACGCUGGUUAUGACCAUCCACGAGCUGCAGCUCAAGCUCAGCGACGUGGGCCAAGCCAUGGGCCUUGCAGACAAACCCGAAAUGACCAAGUGGGAGGCGCAAUGGGACGCAGACCGUGCUGAACAAUACGGCAAACUAACCAAGUUGGUAACCGGUGCGUCGGAACGGAUGCUCGUGAACGAGUUCAGGGGUGACAAGAAGGUGAAAGAGGCACUCAUGAACCUCCACAGUGGCAUCAAUUGCAAGGGUCAGUCACCUGAGAUGGUUGAACUUAAGGAAACGACAUUCAAUCGCGUGUCGACCUAUCUAAAUCAAACGGGGUUGCGGAUGUUCGAGUGGUUUAUCCCGAUCGACGAUGUCGAGUACGAAGAUGAAGCCAUUGGAGACCGAGGCACCUUCGGAGAUGUGAGUCGAGGCACGUGGCUUCAUGAUGGCAAACGCACUGAAGUGGUGGUUAAACGGUUGUUCCCCGAGACGUCAAGUGACUCGGACGACGCGUUCCUUAGUCAAUUGACCCUAUGGGGCGGUCUCCCAGAUAACGAGCAUAUUCUGAAGCUCUACGGUGGGUCACACGUUAGCAACCCACAGUUUUACGUGUGCGAGAACGCUCACUAUGGCAAUCUCGCAGACUUUUUGGAUGACGGAGAACACAGUGUGCGCUUUUGGCGGCUGUUUAAGCAAGUCGCUCUGGGUCUCAAGUUCCUACACGAUAGGAAUACCGUUCAUGGCGGCCUGAAGUGCAACAAUAUCCUGGUCGGAGCGAACUACACCGCUAAACUCGCUGACUUUGGCUUCAGUACGGUGCGCACAUUGUCAGCGGGUUUGAGUGGAAAUGCCGACAGGGCAAAUGCCAGGUCGGUGCGCUGGAAACCGAAGGAAGUGCUGGAGGAGACUGGGAUGGAUGAGCCACGCUUCAAGUCCGAUGUCUACUCUCUCGCAAUGUGCAUGAUUGAGGCAAAAACCCACGAAGCUCCGUUUGGAAUGGAUGAUGAUGCGGAGGUCAUGGACAUGAUCAUGAGAGGAGAGAGGCACCCUUGUCCAGACGACAUGUCGGAAACUAGUACAGAAUGGGCUUUUAUCAGCCGACUUUGCGACCCAGACAUUGAGAAGCGACCGUCGCUCGACGAGGUGUUGAAGGAGAUUAGCGUAUUUGCUGAUGCAGAAGAAAAGCAGCACCCAUAGCACAGUUGGCUUGAAAAAAGUAGCAGUUUGGCAAAGUAGAUCGUCUGCGACUUACGCUGGGAAUACCUGUUUGCUUAUUUUGUUACUGUAUUUUUGUGCAAUCCGGAAAAGGUUGUUCUGCGAUUUAGCAACAGGAGAGCAUACAGUAAUUCACAAUUGCUCGCAGAGGUUGAAAAAAAUAUCAAUAGAAUUACUAUUGUAUAUUUCGUACUAGUAC